UUGCAAACCCGAUUGGAGUGGCUGUCUCUGAGAUGGAGGGCAGGAGAAGAGACGAUCGUUUCUAGCCAGGGCCAUGGAUUCAUCAUUCAAUGAUUUAUAUAGGUUUGUGGACUCGUGACCGCUAGCUCUCUCCGAUCAUGUUGGUCAGCUGUUUAUGUGGGACUGCUAGAUUCCUCACUUACCAUGCACUUUGCCUAUUUGACCGUGUGCAGGCCGUGGUUCAAGCAUGGGCGGCCGUACCUUAUGCAGAUGACUGGUGAAGAAGUGGUGGAAGAAUUCCGCAUAGAAAAUCAUCUUGCUCAGCAAGGACUGGAAUCAAUCCUGCGUUUGGGGCUCUGCCCCAGGGGAUCAGGGAGACUCAUCAUUGGACCUGACUGGGCGUUCAAAGUUGCAUACACAGACUCAUACUGGCUGAGGGAAGAUGUCCGCUCAAUGUUUAAUCAGCUACCGCUUGGUGUGCCAUUAGUUCUGGGGCUGGUUGUGGUGUACCUGGACCAGGGGUGGAGUUUGUACGUCUUUGACAUCCUGUGUAGAGUUCUCCAUAUCAUUGAUCCGAACAUCUCCAAGCCUGGGAAAAGCAGGAUGAAAGCAAAACACUUGCAGAAUGUGGGUGAGCUACUUGAUGCAUUCGUGAAGUGUGGUGACAUUUUCUGGGGGCAAGGGAAGGUGCCACAUAAUGGGUGGUCUUAUUGUUUCCAUGCUACAGGUGCCUAUGAGAGCACGGACACGGCGAUGCAGGUAGUCCACCACAUCAUCAACUUUGUGCCUGGGUAACACCCGCUGAACUUGACUGAGGCUGCUUCGGUUGCUCUGAAGAAGAAGCUCCUUCGCGCUGUACUCACGAUGGCGGGGAACACUGGGAGUCUGCCCCGACGUGUGGAAGCCUGAGUGCCUUCCAGAAGGCCUGGUUAGCCCCAACAAGAAGACCAGGCGCUUGCUUAUACUUGCAAGCAUGAUGAUUUUUGUUUCAUUGUGGCUAAGUAAUUCACACGAAUUGCGAGGGAGCUUGUGUUGAUUGGCUCGUCGUAUGCCAGAUAUAUGGAACGUAUCAGCUAUAUAUUUGGUAAAGAUCGGUACUGCGACAACGACUGGUGCAUGGGCCUUAGAUACGUGCAUAUGUGGUAAAGUGUUUACGUUAUACAGUGUUCGUCGCAACGAUAAUAUUGCGUACUUCAUUCUGCGCGUGCACAGUGCUCCACAGGUGCGCCAGACGUCUGUCAGUGCCCGGUACAUCAAAUACAGCAAAUACGAAGCAGA